ACCCCUCGUCCGAAUUGCUAACACCACACCGUUCGUCUCCCCCUCGGAGAAACGCGCACCGAGCUCAGCUGUCAUCCAUCCAUCCAUCCACGCGACGCGCAGACACAAAGAGAAAUACAUACGACGCCUCACCGACCACUCGCUGCCCACCAUUACUGCUGCUGCUGCUGCUGCUCCCACCACCACCACCACCACGGGACGAGGAGGAGGAGGCUGCAAGAAUCCAAGAAACCGCGAUGCCGGCGCGGGCCGCGGCGGCGGCGGCUGCGGUGGCGCUGCUGCUGGCCGUCUGCGCUCAGGCGGCGGCGCUGCCGAGGUUCGCUGAGGCGCCGGAGUACAGGAACGGGGAAGGGUGUCCCGCGGCGGCGACGGCGGCGGCGGGGGUGUGUGACGCUGGGCUGGUGCACAUCUCGAUGACGCUGGACGCGCACUACCUGCGCGGGUCCAUGGCGGCGGUGUACUCGCUGCUCAAGCACGCCUCCUGCCCGGAGUCGCUCUUCUUCCACUUCUUGGCGGAGGAGGAGGAGGUUGGGGGUGGUGGUGACCUGCGGCGCGCCGUGGCGGCGUCGUUCCCGUCGCUGCGGUUCGAGAUCUACGCGUUCAGGGCGGAGGCCGUGGCGGGGCUCAUCUCGGCGUCCGUGCGCGCCGCGCUGGAGUCGCCGCUCAACUACGCGCGGAACCACCUCGCCGACCUGCUCCCGCGCUGCGUGCCCCGCGCGAUCUACCUCGACUCCGACGUGCUCGCCGUCGACGACGUGCGGCGCCUCUGGGAGACGCGCCUCCCCGCCGCCGCCGUCGUCGCGGCGCCCGAGUACUGCCACGCCAACUUCUCCCGCUACUUCACCCCGGCGUUCUGGUCCGACCCAGGCCUCGGCCGCCGCGUCUUCGCCGGCCGCCGCCGCCCGCCCUGCUACUUCAACACCGGCGUCAUGGUCAUCGACCUCCGCCGCUGGCGCGCCGGCAACUACCGCCACCGCAUCGAGCGGUGGAUGGAGAUCCAGAAGGAGAAGCGCAUCUACGAGCUGGGCUCGCUGCCGCCCUUCCUCCUCGUCUUCGCCGGCGAGGUCGAGGCCGUCGACCACCGCUGGAACCAGCACGGCCUCGGCGGCGACAACGUGCGCGGCAGCUGCCGCCCGCUCCACGACGGGCCGGUCAGCCUCAUGCACUGGUCAGGCAAGGGGAAGCCAUGGGACCGCCUCGACGCCGGCAACCCGUGCCCGCUCGACCACACCUGGAAGUCCUACGACCUCUACGUUGCCGGGGACGACGGCGCCGCCGCCUCCUCGCCGGCGUCCGGGCCGGCGUUGUCGUCGACGUCGACGACGUGGCCCGCAUUGGUGUUCUCUUGGUAGAAAUUGAGGAUCUCUAGCUGUAGUGCCAUACUGGGACACAAUAAUUCUUUUGUUGGUUGCGCGGGUUCAUGGCAAUUGCAAUGGUGAUCCUCCAUGGCAUUGCAUUGCAUUGCUGCUGCUGUUGCCGCCGUGAGCUAAGCCACCCCUCGCCAUCGGCUGUACAGGGCGGUGAAGGGAGGCCGCGGCGAUUGCCGCGCGAGGAUGGGGGGAGAAUGGAUAGAGAGAAAAGAUGAUCUUGUUCUUUUCGGCGGAAUUCAGAUUGGUUAUUUGGGGGGGAUUUUGAUUCUUUUGGGUGGUGAUUCUUGGGGUUCCCAAUUCGCUCGAUUGGCGGUGUACAAUUCUUUGGUAGGAAAGACCUGGAAUUUUUGUUCAAUUAUUGAUUAUUCUUUCAUUCCUA